CUAAGGACCACAACAAGUAUUUUUGUUGUUUACAGAAUCCAAUAGGUUGAGCAGGACCUAUAUCAGGACCUUCAAUCUCUCCAGUCUGGUUCUUAUGCCCUCUGCUGGUAACAUGUGUAUCUGGGUUCCUGCAGGCAAUUGAAAGGCAGCAGAAAAUGAUCUGGAGGUCAACAUCUCACUAUUCUCCAAACUGCUGUCAACAUGGCAUGACUAUAAGGAGACUACUGGCAAUCCAUUCUGUGUGGGUUGUUUUGCACUGAGGCAAUGGACAAAAGUAGAUGAAAGUGCUGAUAGAACUCCCAUGGUCCCCUGGGGCCAGAAAAAAACCCUUUGCUACUCAACCAGAACAAUCCAGGACUGGGAGGGCUAUUGUCAGACUGAUUUGUCCCAGUGACAGGGGUGUAGGGUGGACAAAAGACCGCCCCUGUACUAGGCAUUAUAUAAAUGGGUUAUCUCCAGAGUGCAACACACAGUUUACUGUAUAUCAUGGCAGUACGGGGCCCAUUUUUUCCACUGCUGCUAAUGCUGCUGGGUCUGGUGCAGGACAGAGACUCCACCCAUGCAUUCAACCCCAGUCACCUUCAACAGCACAAAGUCCUUGACUGGCCAAAGGACUGUGGCCUGGCUCAUUUCAAACCAAACACAGUGGAGCGCAUUGUGUCAGGCAACGAGGCAAGACCCCAUUCCUGGCCAUGGCAGGUCUCACUGCAGGUUCGUCCCAGAGGCAGUAAACAUUAUGUUCACGUGUGUGGAGGAACUCUGAUCCACAAGAACUGGGUUGUUACUGCUGCACAUUGCUUCCAAAAGGGCAAAGCAGAGGAUGCUAGCAGAUGGCGUAUCGUUGUGGGUAAGCAUCAGCUGAAGAGGGCAGAGUCAGCUGAGCGUAUUUUUCCUGUAAAGAGGAUCUACAGGCACGAACACUUCCGUUAUCCGGCCCACAGUGAGCUGGACUAUGACAUUGCAUUGGUCAAAGCUGGCACGGAUAUCCAGACCACUAACUUCAUCCGCUACGCCUGCCUGCCGCGCAAGCAGACCAACCUUAAACCAGGGCACUUGUGCUGGGUGACCGGCUGGGGAGACACAAGAGGUGGAAAAGAAAACAUGUCACUUGCUGAAACGCUGAACCAAGCUCGACUCCCAAUCAUUGACUAUAAGACCUGCCGACAGAAGAAGUUCUGGGGUGACCGUGUGAGAGACUCCAUGAUCUGCGCCGGGUUCAGAGACACAGAAGGAACCCCAGCUGCUUGUCAGGGUGAUUCUGGAGGCCCUCUGCUGUGUCAGCUGGAGCGUGACCACUGGGAGGUUCAUGGCAUCGUGAGCUUUGGUCCCAUUGGAUGCACGGUGGAGAACAAGCCCAGUGUCUUCACCCGCACAGCAGCCUACAUCCCAUGGAUAGAGGCCACACGCAUCAGGGACUUCUUCCUUCAUUGAUUUCUCAUCUCUGAGAAAUCCUUGCCCACAUCUGCAGGCACCAAAAAGAGUCAUUAUAACAUCUUUAGCUCCAUAUCUCGGUCAGGGUCUGGCCCAUGGACUUGGUAAACCAGUUGUGGUCCAUGUACUGGAGGCUGGUGUACAACAUAGCCACCAGUCACCAAAGUUAGGGUAGUUUGCGCUGCUUUGAGGGUCGUUUCUCUGCUGUACAUGUGCGAUUCUUAUGGGCUUCGCUGUAGCUCAUAACUGCAAAGUUUUUAACUGCUUUCAGUUAGCUAAGCGACAUUUUCUGUAAAACUAGAUCUGCACAAGUCCUGGCUAUUGUACAUUACACUCAAAAUGCUUAUUCGGUCUCAUUUUUCUAUAUGGACUUGCAUCUACUUUCGCUUUCUCUCUUGGGCAGUCCAGUGCUCAGUCCUUAAGGUGCUUUUUGACGGUUUCAAUUAUUGACAGAAAUAUCUCAUAUAUUUUACCUGCUACGGCGAGGCAGUUUCCCUUUGACGCUGAACAGAGAGUAAGAAAUCUCCACACAGAUUGGAAAUGUUAUACUUCACACUUUAUAUAGCCAGAAUCAGAAAUCAGUUUGUUCCCCCAAGAUACUUUAAAGGUAAAUUUUGUCCAAAAAAGAAAAUUCUGUCAUCAUUUACUCUACCCUAAUUUUGUUCCAGACCUGUACAACUUUCUUUUUAAGGCUGGAUAGCAGCCUCUGUCACCAUACACUUUCCUUGUACCUUUUUUUCCACAGUGAAAGUGAAUGUUGACUGCAGCUGUCAUUCUGGACAUCUUUUUUUUUUUGUUCCACAGAAAAAAGAAAAAUUAAAGUCAUAUGGGUUUGGAACAACAUACGGGUGAGCAAAUGAUUGGAUAAUUUUUGUAUUUUUGAGUGCGUAAUCCCUUUAAUAUCAGUUGAACAAGUUGUGGAAAUGGGGGCUUUAAUGAAUUAUAUAAUUUAAUAUAUGCAUCUACAUAACUACUAAAACUACAAAGAGUGUCUGGGGUAGUGGUGCAAUACUGCUUGGAUAAUUAAGAAUAAAUUAUAGAACAAAUAAUGCUUAUUCUGGUUGAGAAAUAAUCCUUUCAAAAUAUUAUGUGGAUAUCAAAUAUAUCUAAAGUAGCUGAAGGAGGGACAAUAUUCUGCAGCAAUAUGGUAAUUAUCAUUCAUUAUUCAUCUGUACUCGGUACAUUUACUUGUCUAA